AUAGCCAAUACUGUCCCGCUAUUUUACCCGUUUCCUACCUGGGAAAUGGAGUCGAAGUUGACUCAAAACGUAACGGCCCAAUUGUCCUUGAGACUUCAUUCCCCGGCAAGCUCAGCGUGUAACGUGCGCCAUGGAGCCGAAAGUCGCAGAGCUGAAGCAGAAGAUCGAGGACACGCUAUGUCCUUUUGGCUUCGAGGUUUACCCCUUCCAGGUGGCAUGGUACAAUGAACUCUUGCCUCCAGCCUUCCACCUACUGCUGCCAGGACCUACCCUGGCCUUCCUGGUACUCAGCACACCUGCCAUGUUUGACCAGGCCCUCAAGCCCUUCUUGCAGAGCUGCCACCUCCGAAUGCUGACCGACCCAGUGGACCAGUGUGUGGCCUACCAUCUGGGCCGUGUUAGAGAGAGCCUCCCAGAGCUGCAGAUAGAAGUCAUUGCUGACUACGAAGUGCACCCCAACCGACGCCCCAAGAUCCUGGCCCAGACAGCAGCCCAUGUGGCAGGGGCUGCUUACUACUACCAACGACAAGAUGUGGAGGCUGACCCAUGGGGGAACCAGCACAUAUCAGGUGUGUGCAUACACCCCCGAUUUGGGGGCUGGUUUGCCAUCCGAGGGGUAGUGCUGCUGCCAGGGAUAGAGGUGCCAGAUCUGCCACCCAGAAAACCUCAUGACUGUGUACCUACAAGAGCUGCCCGUAUCGCCCUACUCGAAGGCUUCAAUUUCCACUGGAGAGACUGGACUUACCGGGAUGCUGUGACACCCCAGGAGCGCUACUCAGAAGAGCAGAAGGCGUACUUCUCCACUCCGCCUGCCCAACGAUUGGCCCUGCUGGGCUUGGUUCAGCCCUCAGAGAAGCCUAGUUCUCCCUCCCCAGACUUUCCCCAGACUUUCCUCCCCAGACUUUCCACACACACCCCCAAGAAGCCUGGGAAUCCCAGCAGAGCCCGGAGCUGGCUCAGCCCCAGGGUCUCACCACCUGCAUCCCCUGGCCCUUGAUACCUUUCUCCCAUGUAGACCCUGAUUUAUGGAGGUACUUGCUAGGACUUAAUUGGCUUUGGCAAAGGAAAAGGUUCUGAGUACAAGAUUACUAUUUUUAAUAAUACCGUAGAGCUCUUCCAUGAAGGUAACAAGGCUCAAGGAAGUUAAGUUUGGCCAAGAUAAAGGCCAGGAAACCAGAAUUCCCAUCUGCCUUCAAAUGCAAUUUUUUUUUUUUUAAAGACAGUCUCACUCUUGUCACCUAGGCUGGAGUGCAGUGACACAAUCUCCGCUCACUGCA